UUAGAUGAAAUAACAUGCACACUUCAGACAAAUGGGACUAUUGAAUCCAGGUUCUAGAAGAAAUAGGCCCUACUAGGUUUAUAUUCAUUAAUAGUUGAAGCCUAAUUGUACAAUCUUCAACAAGAAACACGGAUUUGUGCAUAAUUGUGAGAAGAACGCAAAUCGAGUAAAAGGUUUUUACCAAUGAAGUGGUGAUGCUGAUGAUUCCAGAACCAAUAAUGAAACUUUGGUGACUCGUCAAUACGUCGUGUCCUGGUCGUACUAAGGUUAACAAUGGAUUAUCUCAACACUACUUCAGUGGUACCAGAGGAUACAGAUCCAAGCACCAGCCAUGCUAAACCGAAGUACUUUAAAAUCGCUAUUACCAUGUGCGUGUUGGGUGCAAUUGGUGUGCUUUCAAAUGCAGCAUUGAUUGUUGUUAUAUUGAUUAACCGCAAAAUGCGAAACUCCGCCAUUAUUCUCAUUGUAAAUACAUCUGUAUGGGAGAUCGUUAUGCUAUCUAUUUUUGUUCCAUUUAACGUGAGUUAUUUGCUAACUUCUUGUUUCUUAUUUGGAGAAUUUCUGUGCAAGGUAUUGAAUGGAGUAGCACUUUUUUCCAGUGCGGUUUUAAUCUACACUUUCGUCGCCUUAAGUUUUGAUCGUUAUAUCGCUGUUGCAUACCCACUAGAGCCUAAUAAAGCUUGGACCGCCACACGCACAAUUCUAACCCUGAUGAUUAUCAACCUUGCUGGAGUCAUUUUAUCUAUUCCCAAGGUAGUAUCAGCAAGGGUGGUAUACUUUAACAGUAACACUUGCCCGAUGUGUUUGCACCUUAACCACGGUACAAUCGCGGCUAAAGUGUACGUUGUUCUCAUGUUUAUGUUUUCCUACGUUGUUCCAUUGCUUUUUACAGCUUUCAAUUACGGACGUAUUGCACGCGUCCUGUUUAAAAGUGUUGACACAAAUAAGCGUCAUGGAGUGGAUCAUCACGCCAAUUCACGCAUUCGUCUCGCAAGAAUCUUACUUGUAAUGGUUGUUGUUUACGCGGCUCUUCUACUACCUAGACACAUCUUUCUUAUCGGCUAUCAAUUCAUGUAUCAUGAUGUAUAUAGACUGAAUCAGUUUGCAUUAAGAAUUUACGGGUUUGCGACCGUCUGUUUCCUAUGUUCGUCGUUCGUCAACCCGGGUGUCCUAUUCUUUAUCACGGGCUACAGCCGAAAUUGUUGUAAAGCGGUUAAACAACAAUCUGCCACGGUCCUAGUGAAGUACCGCAAAUCAAAUAUAAGAAACGGCACUAAGUCUACUAGUUCAAGUAGUAGUGCCAGAGCAUCACUGUAAAUUGAUGAUUCAACCAUAAACUGUACAGCACGGAAUAGGCCCUAUGUUCGGAAAAAAUAAAAUUAAUGAAGUUAUAUAGGCUUAUAUUCUAAAAAUAAACCACUAUAAUCUGAUUUAAUGUAUUGCUGCACGAAUAUCUCCAUGAAGUCAAUGAAGCUGCAUGCUGCGUAGGCCUGCUUGUCAACGAUAAAUUGAUUAUGGUUAUGUUCUCACACGGCAGCUAACGGUGCUGCUGUGCGUCCAUGCGAGAAAAUUCCGAUCCGGCUACCAACAAUAUGAUUAUCGAAUCACUAGCCAAUAAGAAACUGGAAAUUGUAAACGCGUACGUGUGAUUGGUUGAUGAUAGAAAGGCCCUCAACUUGCUAACCAAUAGCGCUUGCUAACCGUUAGCGUAUCCGGAUACCGCUAACGGUUAGCGCAAACCGAUCGGGCGUUCUCACGCAGGUGCUAACGGUUAGCGCUAACGGUUAGCUCCCCAUCCGGAUACUAGGGCUUUCGUGAGAACCAGGCUAACGGGUAUAAUAACUUUUUAUGUGCUAAUUAUGAUCGUUUAUGUUGUCAUUGUCAUUGUUAGUGAUACUGUUACAGUUAUUGUUAUUGCGAUUGUCAUUUUUAUUGUUUAAUUAUAUAUAUAAUAAUAAUAAUAAUAAUAAUAAUAAUAA